AUGGAGUGCUUGAUAUCUGGCAUGGAUUUGCAUAUCUGGCAUGGAUUUGCAUGGAAGCAAUUAGACCUCUUGAUUGCCAUCAUGCUUAUGGAAGAUGCAAUGGUGUACCCAAUGGCAACUCCGAGUCCCUGUCCGUUUGAGGCGGCCAUCGUCAUCGAAGCAUUUAGAGCCGCCGGCAGAGAUGUCCAUAGCAUGGUGGUUAAGAUGAUUCUGUCAAACUUUGGAGCAAGUUUGGCUACGGAAACUCUUCUUACAAGUGAAGAGGCUAUUAUAGCUGCUGCUGCUGCCAAAGCAGUUUCUCUAGCAAAAGCAGCUGUCAAUGUUGCAAAGGACGCAGCAAAGAUGGUUAGCCAUAACAGCUCAACAAAAUUGGAUGCUGAUACCCUCCUAUUUGAUAGAGCACAGCUUGAAGAAAUAAGACAAGUUGGUGUAGCUGAUUUGGAGGAGAACUUUUCAUUGCAAUACCCUAUUAAGGAAGAUGAUUUGGAGCCAAUGAGUGAGGAACUUGAACUUCUUCAGGCACAAAUCUCAAAUGAUAUAGCUGUGAGAUCAAGGCGUCAAACAGAACGAAAAGCCAGAAGAGCAAGAGCAGCAGAGAAGGCUGUGGCCAACAUUGUAUCUGUGAAAUCAAGUUCUGCAAGCCGAAAAAAGCAUAGUUCUUUACAAGAUGUAGACUACUCUGAUCCAUUACAUUACUUGAGGGGAACUACAAGUAGCUCAAAGCUUCUCACGGCUACUGAAGAACAGGAAUUGUCGGAAGGAAUUCAGAAUGGGGAAAUCUGGAGAAUGUUAGGUAAAGUGAGGGAGAUUACUGUAAUUAUUGAAACUAUAGGGGAGGUCCCUACAUUUGUCAGAAACCCCAGGGGAGGUACAAGAUAA